GUUUCUUCUCGCCACACUUGAGACUGAACUCCUCCCGCGGGGUUAAUCAUAUUUGCUUAGCGUCAUAGAAUGUUGUGCACUCCAGUCCCAUCCUCUACGUCAAGCGCUUCCGGUGUUAACCAUCUAAGUGUCUCCUAAGGAAUAGAUAAAAAAAGUGGACAACGAGAACAGAAGAAAUUAGGAAAGAAAUUAGUUUUUCCCUGGUUUUCUGUUCCGCGCGUACUGGUUAGGGUAUUUGCAAUUCUCGAUAGCUACUGUUCACGCGAGACUUGAAGACCGACAGUUGAAAAACACGUGUAACGAUAAUUUUCUGUUUGAAGGAAAAGCCACAUCUUAUUGACCAUUUUGGCAUUAACUUGAGAAUUUUUUAAAAACAAAGUUUAAAAAGCAUUGACGAAGACGUUUCUGUUCGUCUUUAUUAUUGUACUUUGGCUGGUUUUGUUGAAUACGUGUACUUAACAUGGAUUUAUUCAUUGGGUACGCAUGCGCCGCCUCUGCCAGCUCACACGACGUCACACCUGUCGGGGCAGGAUAUUGCCUAGUUGCCAUGGUUACAGACAAUUUCCUGUUUCGCGAACGUUCUACACAGAGCGCGCCACGUCAGCAGGCUGAGAACAGGAGAAACCUCAGCGGACAGAAGCACGACAUUGCUGACAGGCCCGCAGAUCCCGGCUCCCCACGAUGCGGCGGCCCAGCUGGCUUCACGCCGCGCUCAUUCUGGCACUCCUGACUGUUCUGGGAACGAGAGCCGUCAACCACCUCAACGGGGCUAAGAUCAAGACCGUUGACGGGAAUGUGAUCUUCAUGGCGGCGCGCCAAGGCGGGGACAUCAAGUUCAAGGACACCCACACCGCCAUAUUUGGUAACCUGACCGUCCAGGAGGUCUUGGACAGGGCUAAGGAGUAUGGGAAGGUUCUGGACGGGAAGCUGGAAGAAGCCAGGAAAAACAAGGAAGAGGUGACGACACUGGCGCAGAAAUUAGACCGUGUGUUGGGCAAGAGCGGGAGGAAUCGGCGUUCAGCUGAGGCAGCACCGCCGCUGGCCGUCGGCCCCACCCGCAGUCAUGACUCCGUCCCGGGGCUGAACCCACCCGCAAGGGCUCCGUCCCGGGCGCUCCCGGACCUGACCCCGCCCGUAAGGCCCGCCCCGCCCCGGGCGCCUCCGAAGCUGACCCCGUCCGUAAGCCCCGCUCCGCCCCGGGGGCUCCCGAAGCUGAACCCACCCGCAAGGCCGGCUCCGCCCCGGGCGCUCCCGGACCUGACCCCGCCCGUAAGGCCCGCUCAGUCCCGGGCGCUCCCGAAGCUAAGCCCGCCCGCAAGGCCCGCUCCGUCCCGGGCGCUCCCGGACCUGACCCCGCCCGCAAGGCCCACUCCGCCCCGGGCGCUCCCGGACCUGACCCCGCCCGCAAGGCCCGCUCCGUCCCGGGCGCCCCCGAAGCUGACCCCGCCCGUAAGGCCCGCUCCGUCCCGGGCGCCCCCGAAGCUGAACCCGCCCGCGGUCCUCACUCCUUCCCGGACGCCCCCGAAGCUGAGCCCGCCCGCAAGGCCCGCUCCGUCCCGGGGGCUCCCGAAGCUGAACCCGGCUCCCCCGAGGUCUACCCGGACUAUCCCCGACCGUACCCCGAGGACUUCCCCGACACCAGCUACCCUGACGAGUAUUACUCAGACCCUCUCCCAGAGCGCGACCAUGACACGUACGGGUACCGUUACGUCCCCGCAGCUGAACCAGAGCCAGAUCAUGACACGUACCGUUACCGUUACAACGAAGACUUCCCUGACUACAUGGGUCCGGCUUAUGACUCCCCACACGACGAUCGCCCCUACGACUAUCGCCCUGACGACUAUCGCCCUGACGACUACCGUCCUGACGACGGUCUCCCUGACGACGACACUGACUUUGAGAACAUGACAGGUCGCUACAGUAACAGGUACCCAG